CAAAAAAAUAUCAGGAGUGUUGUGUUUCCAAUGGUUUUGUCGUGGUCUAUAAAGUGGCAAAGCCACAGCAAAACAAAUUGCUCAACAUAUUUUUGUUUAGCUGAUGCAGCAGAGAGGUAGAAUUAGUAAUUGUAAAUCAAGGUCCUUUUCUAGAUCUCGUCUUGCUGUUGAAGGUUUUUAACCUCUUCAGCUGCUUCCAUUUCAACCUUCUAUCAUGGCUGCCAUUGCUCCAGGGGUAGGACAAGAGCGUGAGAUUCAAAAGAGUUAUUGGAUGGAGCAAACUACUGAACUCAAUUUGGAGGCAAUGAUGCUUGAUUCUGCAGCAUCUGAUCUUGACAAAGAGGAUAGGCCUGAGGUGCUUUCACUGCUCCCCUCAUAUGAAGGGAAAUCCGUGUUGGAAUUGGGUGCUGGCAUUGGCCGUUUCACAGGGGACUUAGCCGAGAAGGCUGGGGAGCUUGUAGCAGUGGACUUUAUUGAAGAAGUGAUUAAGAAGAAUAAAAGCAUCAACGGGUGCCACAAGAAUGUCAAGUUUGUGUGUGCUGAUGUGACUUCACCAGAUUUGACGUUUUUACCUGAAUCGGUGGACUUGAUAUUUUCUAACUGGCUACUGAUGUAUCUUUCCGACGAAGAGGUUCAGGACAUUGCGGAGAGAAUGGUCAAAUGGUUGAAAGUUGGUGGCUAUAUAUUUUUUAGAGAGACAUGCUUCCAUCAAUCAGGAGACCACGAGGGAAAGAACAACCCAACUCACUAUCGAGAGCCUAGAUUUUAUACAAAGGUUUUCCAAGAAUGUAAUUUAAAGGAUGAUGCUGGAAAAUCAUAUGAACUUUCUCUUAUCGGUUAUAAGUGCAUUGAAACUUAUGUAAGAAACAAAAAGAAUCAAAAUGAGAUUUGCUGGAUAUGGCAGAAGGUUCGUUCCGAGGAUGACAGGGGAUUCCAGCAUUUCUUGGACACUGUCCAGUACAAGUCUAAUGGUAUACUGAGAUAUGAACGUGUGUUCGGGGCAGGCUUUGUCAGCACAGGAGGAAUUGACACCACCAAAGAAUUCGUUGCCAUGAUGGAUCUUCAGCCUGGCGAAAAAGUCCUUGAUGUUGGCUGUGGCAUCGGUGGAGGUGACUUUUACAUGGCUGAGAAGUAUGAUGUUCAUGUUGUCGGCAUUGAUCUUUCAGUUAACAUGAUCACAUUGGCUUUUGAACGUACUAUUGGUCUCAAAUGCGCGGUUGAAUUUGAGGUUGCUGAUUGCACAGUGAAAACAUAUCCUGAAGAAUCAUUCGAUGUGAUAUACAGCCGUGACACUAUCCUGCACAUCCAGGAUAAGCCUGCAUUAUUCAGAUCUUUCUAUAAGUGGCUGAAGCCUGGAGGCAGAGUCCUCAUAAGUGAUUACUGCAAAAAGGCAGGACCAGCAUCCGAAGACUUUGCAGCGUAUAUCAAACAAAGAGGUUACGAUUUACACGAUGUUGAAGCAUAUGGACAGAUGCUCAGAGAUGCUGGUUUUAAUGAACUUAUUGCUGAGGAUCGAACUGAGCAGUUCAUGAAAGUUCUCCAGAAAGAAUUGGAUAUUGUGGAGAAUGAAAGAGAGUCAUUUAUCCAAGAAUUUUCUGAACAAGACUACAAUGAUAUAGUUGGAGGUUGGAAGGCCAAGCUAGUUAGAAGUUCAUCUGGUGAGCAGAGAUGGGGUUUGUUCUUUGCCAAGAAAAAUUGAUUUGUCUCAUUGUGUGUUGUUUCAUUGAAGAUAAUAAAAAUGAUUUAAUUUAGAUGUCGUAAUGAUUCAACCUCUACCCUUGUAGGAUUAUACUGAAUUUGUUGUUGUUGUAAUGAUUCCUUUAAUGUAAUCUGUGAGUUAGUUAAGAUCAUGUUAACAAUAAAAGUUUGCCAUAAAAA